AUGGCAGCUAAUGUAUCCCGGGGAGAUCCACUCGGCACUGGACUCCGCUUGGUAGCACGCGAAUGCAAUGACCAGUAUUCUAGCGUCGCACCGAGCCAAUUGUCGGGCAACAUAUAUGCUGACACAGGAUACGCCAAUGUCGCCGUGCCCCUCCCGAUUCUCAUAGCUCGAAUUGCCAAAGUUUGGGGCACCGAGAGUCCCGAGAGAACCAUUCCCGAGGGCAACUUAAUUUUUGUCGCGGGUGGCACCUCACUGCUGAAUCCCGAUCUCCACCAGAACCCUAUCCUUCAGCAACUUCUCUUCUGCAUCAGCUUUGCGCCUUUGUCCUUUCCGGGACCUUGGUCAAUCAUACCGAUUUUCAUCACCAUCCACUAUCGGAGGAUAAUCAGCCUCCGCUUGCGCGCCGCGGGGAGCUCACCAUACCAAACUUCACGAUCAAGAGAUGAUCGCAGGUCUGCGGCUCUCGCCCCUCCUUCAACAUGCCUAACCCUUCUCCCCCUCCGUCCGCCUCCGGGAAAAAAAAGACCUCACCCUUCCGCCGAUACCCCUCCUACGCAAUCCGACCCUACGGCCUCAAAUAACGGUUCCUACCAUCCCGCCCCAACGGUGUCUGCGUCACCUGCUGUAUCCACCGCGCACUCCACUGCGACUGCCUCGAGCGCAUCUUCCUCUUCCUUCCGUAACGUCUCAGCUUGUAAUCGCUGCCGGUUACGCAAAAACCGAUGCGAUCAGCGUCUGCCGAGGUGCCAGUCCUGUGAAAAGGCUGGAGUCCGCUGCGUUGGAUACGACCCUAUCACGAAGCGCGAGAUCCCGCGCAGUUAUGUGCAUUUUCUGGAAUCACGAGUCGCUCAUCUGGAGAAGCGGUUGGCAGAGCAUAAUAUCGAGUUCAAGAAAGCUGUCGCAUUCGAUGAAGAAGAUGCGUUAAAACAAGAGACCGAGGGCGAGGCGCCGGGCACAUCCGGCGAAGGACAACCCAGUGGGAACCAGGAUAAAACACAUUUGACAAAUUCUGCGAAGGAUGAAACAGUGUCCGACCAGCGUAAAGACGGAGAACAGCGCGAUGCCGAAGGAGAUGAAAACGAGGAGAAUUGGCGCCUACACAAUCUGGUUUCCAAUAUUGGCAUGGUUUCGGUGCAAGGGACGUCUGAUCCUCGAUAUCUGGGCUCCACGUCUGGUAUCUCAUUUGCUCGGGUUGUCUUUGCUGCAGUCAGAAGCUCGAUACCUGGAAAUCCGGAGCGCGGUCCACUGCGCACUGGAGAUCGAUUGCCCCAGACAGCGACUGGCUCAGGUGCAGGAACCAUGCGCGAUUCAUUUUUUGGGCUUCAGACGAAACCGAUGAUGAAACGUGCGUCAUUUCCAGACCGGGAGCUCGCUGAGCGACUAGUUGAUCUGUAUUUUGAACACGCAAAUCCUCAAAUGCCUAUUCUCCACCGUGGGGACUUCAUGGAGCUCUUGGAUCGAACGUAUCAGCUGGAAGAGAAGAAUCGCUCACCAAGAGCUCUUUAUGUCCUCAACAUCGUGUUUGCCAUCGGUGCGGGAAUUAUCUUCGAGGAUAAAGCUCAAAGUUCGGAUGAUGAAAGCCGCGCUGGUCGCGAUAGAUCCUCAUCUACUUCCAAAAGGCUGCGAAUGUCUAAUCACCAGUAUCAGCCGGAGGAAUACCACGCGUCUGCUAUUGUUCAUUUAGAAUCGUUCCUCGGUUCUUCGUCCAGUGAAGGAUUCGGUGGUUUGGAGGAACUUCAGGCAGUGCUUCUACUGGCCAGUUUCGCUUUGUUGCGGCCCGUGGCUCCGGGUCUUUGGUAUAUAGUUGGUGUGGCGAUGCGCUUAGCUGUUGACCUGGGUCUCCACUACGAAGAUGGCGUUGGCCUUGACUCCGGAUCGAAAAAUGGAUCCCCGGUCCAGUCGCGAAUUGAUGCUCGCGAACGAGGGCGGCGAGAAUGGGUCCGAGACCUGCGUCGCCGGCUCUGGUGGUGCGUGUACAGCUUCGACCGUCUAGUUGCCAUCUGUGUCGGACGACCAUUUGGUAUUAGCGACCAGGCAAUUAGUACGGAACUUCCAUCUAUGAUGGACGACAAAUACAUCACGAAAUCCGGCCUCUUGACGCCUCCCGAUGGAGCCCCUACCUACAAGCAUGUUGCUUUCCACUACUUCAAACUUCGCCUUCUUCAGUCUGAGAUCCACGACGUCCUUCAAUAUCAGCAGGCACGUGCCAUCCGGAGACGCUCUCCGGAGAGCGCGGCCAUCCUUCCUCAUGCUGAGCUUACCUCCCCAUUCCUCCAAGGCUUCGAUUCCUUCCGCUCCUGGCGUCAUGAUGUCCACCGGCGCCUGGUGGAAUGGCAUGAGACGGCCCCAACUCGGGCGGAUACUGGUGUCAGAUUCUCCAUUGAACUUCUGGAGUUGAAUUACUGGCAAGCCAUUAUCUUGCUUUACCAACAGAGUCUGACAGUGCCUGCCGAGUUGGCCGGAGAACUGACCCCAGCUGACGAUGUCUCGAGUCCAUCCUUUUCAAAUAUCGAUGAGGGUGAUGAAGAAGAUCACGUCUAUCUAAACGUUGCUGAGGCUGGACAGAAAGUGAUUCGAAUCUAUCGCCAGCUCCAUCGCGUACGACUCGUCAAUUACACGUAUCUUGCUACUCACCAUAUCUUCAUGGCUGGUAUUUCCUUCUUGUAUGCUAUCUGGCAUUCGCCUCUGGUUCGAAGUCGUUUGGUCGAUAUGACGCGUGUGCAUGCUGCCACACAUGGUGCCGGCUCUUUGCACGCUGGUCGCACCCGCCAGCAUAUGGAGCAAAGGCGAGGACAUGGUGCGGUCCGACGAUCUGCGCAAAGCCGCGCACAAAGGCCUGUGCCAAAGUUCGAUAUGAACCUGGCAGAUCUUUUCAGCGAUAAUGCUCCGGCUGAUCGCUCUCGGGCCGAGAACAGCUAUUCUGGACAACCGUAUCCCGUUCGCUCAGAACAGGCUGAGUCGAUGGGUUCCGGCUUCUCUACCGACAGAGCUGGUCGGUCGUUCGGGCAGCGUACUCCGUCCAUGGAGUAUCAUAUGAAAUAUGAAAACCCGACGUCCCCACAACAACCGCCGCACUUCUACUACGGAAACUCGCCACAUCACAGUGGUUCGCCAGGUAGUGUAGCUGCCAAUGGGCCCCAUGCCGUUGCAUCGGCAGACACAGAGGCACAGUCGGGUAUCAGCCUCGAUUUUCUUGAGUUUGGGUCUGGUGGUUCCGACGGUCCGAAUCACAUGGAAACGGAUCCUAACGCCGGGUAUCUGGCUGGUAUGCCUCCCCUCGGGCCUAAUCUUGGCCAGAACGUGGGUAUCGAUCUUGGAUUCGGCAUGGCCAUGGAUUACCAGCAUGAUUGGAGCGAAAACCCCAAUUAUGAUCUUCUUGAAGGGUAUUUCUUCGGCGGUUCAGGACCAGGCGCUUCCGGUGGUGAUGCUUAA